AUGGUCUUUGGUCGCUCAGAGCACCUCCAAGGCCACAGUGGCCUUGAUCAGGCCGGCCACCACUAUGACCCGAACCACAGACUGCCGUAUCAGCCAGGGCCGUUGGAUCAGUCCUACGUUACCGACCCUACGCAUCCCGAUUACGAUCCUAUGGUCGACCCGAACCUCCAGCUCAAGACCGUCCGAACCGCCGCCGCUUCCAUUGCAGAAUCGCAUCGCUCAGAACAACGCAGAGACGAGAGGAGAAAGGCGAAGCGCGCCAACAGCCUUUCACAUAAACUCUUCCGCGGGCGAACCCUGCGCAAGCAACAGCAGCAAAAGAACUCCACCCUAGCACAAUUAGUGUCGGAGGAGGCCAAGAAGCGUCGCUCCAAUGGGCCGUCCGGUUAUCAUCUCGACUCGGAUGCUGCAUUCGCCUCAGCUCAGCAGGGCUCCGUUCCCGAUUCCGCCAUCGCUGAAGAAGCAUCCGAUGAAAAGAACCCGUCCCAAGAUGCGAUUCAACCACAAUCAGAACCUGCUGGCCCAACCGUGCGCAAGAUGAAGCCAAAGAAGAGAAGGAAUGUCUAUGUCAACAUUCCCCCAACCCACUCAGAGCUACGCAAGAACGGCGAGCCCGCCGUCGUCUAUCCGCGCAACAAGGUCCGCACCUCCAAGUACACCGUCGUCACUUUUCUUCCCAGAUUCCUCUUUGAGCAGUUCCGGCGCGUCGCCAACGUCUAUUUCCUGGGUCUCGUCGUCCUCCAGGUGUUCCCCACAUUUGGUGCGACUAUCCCGCAGAUCGCCAUGUUGCCACUCGUCGCCAUCCUCACCAUCACCGCCAUCAAGGACUCGAUAGAGGAUCAUCGCAGACACGUACUCGACAACGAAGUCAACAACUCGGCCGUCACGCGUCUCGGCAGCUGGCGAAACCUCAACCAGGCCAAGGACCAGCGCUCGUGGCUUCAGAAGCUGUUUGGCCUUUCCGGACGAGGCAGCAGCAAAGUUUCCAAAGGCGUUCGCAAGCUGCGUGAAAAGGAGGAUGCCAUCGGCAUGCAUCAAGUUGGUGGAAGCUCGCGGCGUUCCAACGCUGCCAACGACGCCUUUCAGGACGCUGAUGACUUUGGUCGCCGACCCGAUACCCGCAGUAUGCGUAGUGACAGUCUCGCCAGCUCCCGUGCCUUGGGAACGAUCAUGAGCGAAAGCGAGCGAGAGAACGGCAGCCUCUACGGCACAAGCUACAACCAGUCCAAUGCGGCACUCGCACGAGGCCUGUCAUCAGCCAACUACGCUGACGCAAAUGCAAGCAGCGUCUCGGUACUCCAGCCGCUCCAGCCCAAUCAGCAACAGCUAGGGCCCAGCGCAACCACCUUCCUCACCACUGGCAGCAAUGUCGAAGGCGUAGUUGACUAUCGACGACACACGCCCGGCACCGCACGAUGGGAACGCACGCUUUGGAAAAAGCUCGAAGUGGGUGACAUCGUCAUGCUGCGCGAGGACGAGCAGGUCCCUGCCGACAUUGUCGUGCUCAACACAUCCGACCCGGAUGGCAACGCGUACGUCGAGACCAAGAAUCUGGACGGCGAGACCAACCUCAAGGUGCGCAAGUCGCUCAAGGCCACCAUGGGCAUCCAGAGCGAAGAGGACGUCGAGCAUGCCCGCUUUGUCAUCGACAGCGAAGCGCCCCACGCCAAUUUAUACAGCUUCAACGGUCUCCUCAAGUACAGCGUCAGCGAACCUAGCAAGGAGGGCGACUUUGCCGACACGCUCGAAUCGCUGCCGCCGGACAGCAGCGCCUACGCCGCCGCCGAAGCACGCACGCGCCGCGUCGAGCCCAUCACCAUCAACGAGCUCCUGCUGCGAGGCUGCGCUCUUCGAAACACCGAGUGGGUCAUCGGCGUCGUCCUCUUUACCGGCGAAGACACAAAGAUCAUGCUCAACUCAGGCGAGACGCCUUCGAAGCGCUCCAAGGUCGAAAAGGAGACGAACUUCAACGUCAUUGUCAACUUUGUCAUUCUCAUGGUCCUCUGCCUCGUCUGUGCCGUCAUCGGCGGUCUGCGUCUCAGCAACAAGAACACGAGCCGCGCCUACUACGAGGUGGGUGCUGAAGUGAGCAGCAGCAACAUCGUCAAUGCGCUCGUCAUCUUUGGCUCCUGCCUCGUCGUCUUCCAGAAUAUCGUGCCAAUCUCGCUCUACAUCUCAAUCGAGAUCGUCAAGACCAUCCAGGCCUUUUUCAUCUACCAGGAUAUCGAAAUGUACUACGCCCCGCUCGACUACCCGUGCGUGCCCAAGACGUGGAACAUUUCGGACGACCUCGGCCAAAUCGAGUACAUCUUUUCCGACAAGACCGGCACGCUCACGCAGAACGUCAUGGAGUUCAAGAAGUGCUCCAUCAAUGGCGUAUCCUACGGCGACGGCAUCACCGAGGCCAUGAUCGGCGCGAUGAAGCGACAGGGCAAGGACACGUCGGAUUUUAGCGCUGAGAAGCAGGAGGCAGAGCUGGCCGUUUCCAAGAAACGCAUGGUCGACAUCAUGAAUGGCGCGUUCAAGAACAGAUACCUGCGGCCCAGCAAGAUGACCCUCAUUUCGGCGCCCAUGGCUGAGACGUUGGCCGCAGGCGCUUCGGAUCCACAGCGCAAAAACGUCGCCACCUUCUUCCGUGCCCUUGCGCUUUGCCACACUGCGCUCGCGGAUCGACCGGAUGGCACCGACCCCUACACACUCGAGUACAAGGCCGAAUCGCCGGAUGAGGCCGCCCUGGUCGCAGCUGCGCGUGACGCUGGUGCUGUCUUUAUCGCCAGGAACAACAACACCAUCGAUAUCGAGGUGCUCGGACAGCCAGAGCAAUACACGCCGCUCAAAGUGCUCGAGUUCAACAGCACCCGAAAGCGAAUGUCGAUCAUCGUACGUGAAGCCGACGGACGCAUCCUCAUGAUCACCAAGGGUGCCGACUCGGUCAUCUACCAACGUCUACGUGCCGAUCAUCCUGAGGAGCUCAAGCAGGCCACCUUCCACGACCUCGAGGCCUUUGCCAACGCGGGAUUGCGUACCCUUUGCAUCGCAUAUCGCUACCUGGAUGAGGCUGAGUAUUUGGAAUGGGCGCGCAUCCACGAUGAGGCCAGCGCCAGUCUCACCGACCGUGACGAAGCUAUCGAUGAGGCCAACGAGAAGAUCGAAGUCGAUCUCACGUUGCUAGGUGCUACUGCCCUCGAAGACAAGCUGCAGGUGGGCGUACCCGAAGCCAUCGAGACGCUGCACCGAGCCGGAAUUAAGCUGUGGAUCUUAACGGGUGACAAGCUGCAGACCGCCAUCGAGAUCGGCUUCAGCUGCAAUUUGCUGACCUCGGAAAUGGAGAUCAUGAUCAUCUCGGCCGAUCACGAGACGGGCACGCGAGCACAGCUGGAGGCGGCCUGCAACAAGAUUGCGGCGGCGGGCAGACCCGUGGUGGUGGAGGAGCCUUCGACCCGCAAGGGAGGCAAGGCGCGCAAGAAUCGUCUCACUGUCGAACGAUCUGAGCAGGCACCCAACGAUGGUUUCGCGGUGGUGAUUGACGGCGAGACGCUGCGUUAUGCGCUCGAUUCCAAUCUGCGGCCGCUGUUCCUGGCGCUCACCACGCAGUGUGAGGCUGUGGUCUGCUGCCGUGUUUCGCCGGCUCAGAAGGCGCUGACGGUCAAGUUGGUCAAGGACGGCAAGAAUGCGAUGACGCUGGCCAUUGGAGAUGGUGCCAACGACGUGGCCAUGAUUCAAGAGGCGCACUGCGGUGUUGGAAUUGCUGGUCUCGAGGGUGCCCAGGCAUCGAUGAGUGCUGAUUACGCCAUUGGCCAGUUCCGCUUCCUCACUCGUUUGCUGCUGGUGCACGGCCAACUGUGCUACCAUCGUAUUUCGGACCUGCACAAGGUGUUCUUCUACAAGAAUAUCAUCUGGACCUCGAUCUUGUUCUUCUACCAGAUCGACUCGGACUUCACGGGUUCUUACAUCUUCGACUACACGUACGUCUUGCUGUACAACCUUGUGUUCAGCUCGCUCUGCGUCAUCGUGAUUGGCGCACUCGACCAGGUUGUCAACAUCAAGGCUCUGCUGGCAUUCCCGCAAACGUACAAGCGAGGUAUCCAGGGCACAGAGUACACCAAGUUCCUCUUCUACAUGAGCAUGUUUGAUGCUGCGUACCAGGGUGCCGCAUGCUACUUUAUCCCUUGGUGGUUCUUCACCUACGGUCCGAUGAUCAGCCAUAGCGGUCAAGAGAUGGGCGGGCUCAGCAUGUUUGGCACCACGAUCGCUGCCGGCGCGGUCACGACGGCUAAUUUGUACGCUGGCGUUAUCGCCAAGCACUGGACGGGCAUCUUCUGGGCGGUCGAGAUCAUCUCGCUGCUGAGUGUCUACGCGUGGACAUUGUUGUACUCGGCCUUCCCCGUUUUUAGCUUCCAGAAUGUCGGAUUCUGGCUUGUCCAGACGGUCAACUUCUGGGCAAUCAUCCUGCUCAUCACAGUCGUUUCGCUGCUGCCACGCUUCUUUGCCCGCGCCUGGCGAUCGUCGUUCCAUCCCAACGAGCACGAUAUCCUGCGCGAGGCCUGGACGCGUGGCGAUCUCAAGGACCAGCUCGGCAUUGCUCACCACAGCAAGAAGAGGGCGAGGCGGGCCGAGGCCAAACACGGCGUGUACGUGGAGGAGGACGACGCGAACAUGGAUGAAUCGUUUACGAGAAGCAGCGAUCGCGAUGUCGAGGGUCAGAACAAUCACCUCUUUGCGCAGGCCAAAAGGUCCACCGAGCGCCAGCGUCACCAGCAGCAACAUCAGCAGCGUCUCAAGAACCUGUCAGCUGUGGGCGAGGAAGACGACAGGUCGGAUACAUCGGUCGAUCCGCUUCAGGUGGGCGUUGGCGAUUAUGAGGACACGUACUCGCGACGCAAUCUUGGUGGGCAUGGUCAGAAUCUGCACGCGCACACGGGAACGCUGCAGCUGCAGCCGCCGCCCGGCUUCAGCCCUGCUGCGGGGUACGCUCGCGGCAACGGGGCUGUUUCUGGUCUGUCAUAUUACGACCCGGACGCGCUUCCGGCCAGCGGCGAUGCGAUGCACGCUCGUCCAUAUGGAAGUUACGACCCCGAGAGGACGCCGCGACCCGAUGGUGUGCCGAGGAUCCAGGUUCAGACCUCGUCCUGGGCGGAGAAGAGCAGAUACCCGAUGAUGACGAAACAGCCGUCGAAGGAUAGUUUUGCGCGGGCAUUUGACGACGAGUUUGGCGCUGAAUACGACGAUGGCGUGAAUCCCUACCCUGCUGCAACGGGCACUGGGUAUACACCAGCAGGAGUCAGAUCCGUGUCAGGGUCGAGCUACGGCUCGGGUGCCACGCACACGACGAAUGCGAGGACGAAUGCGGCGGCAGAUCAGUCCCAGUCCGGAUCGAACCCUACGACGCCGACGAAACUGGCCGGCGCUCGGUACCACGAUCGGUUCAAGACACCUUCGCCGCCACACUUUGACACUGGGGCAGCCAUGGCUGCUUCGGAAUCGCAGCAGAGCUUGACGAUUGCGAGGGAAGGCGGGCAUUCACACGAGCUCUCUGGUGCCUCGGGGAUGUCCUGGCACACCGCGGAAGGAUCGAAUCACGACAGGGCGCCGUCCGAGGCGUCGAAGUUUAUGGCCUUGUGA